ACAGUGCUGGAGGAGCUCCUUCAGACACUGCCAGCCACCAUCUAACCACGCUCCCCCAGACCUCCCUCUGCCUGGGAAGGGCAUUUCCAAAGCAACUUCUCAUUCAAAAGGUCAAGGCAAUGGACAAGGAAAAGGAAAAUGCUGCCAUUGAGAAGGCAGCGCACACAAUUGUGAAAAAUGGGAUACGUGCUGCACAAGAAUAUUAUCUAAAUAAUGUGCAGAAAGAAGCAGCAGAAGCUGAAUACGCUGUCAAAAAUAUUCAGUGGAUCACGUGUGAAAACUUCACAGUGGAGAGGGGCCAGCAGCAAAUUGAAGAAUACAUUUCCCAGACGUGGGAGCUUCACGAGAGCUGGCUUCACUGCUCAGAGUUUCUCCGGGAAGAAGAUCUUCAGUACAGCAAGAGGUACCAUUAUGGAGUUAUCUGGAGCAUCCCAACGCGCAGAAAACCCAUCCCACUAGCAACAGCAAGCACCUAUUUUGUGAUAGAGAUCUCCAAAAUCAAACCCAUCACCCUGCCUGUGGAGGUAUUCUUUUUUCUGGAGUCCAGCAGGCUGAUUCACAGACCAGAGUACUGUCGAUUUAGAGAAAAGUGGUUGAAGGACAUCAUUGAAAAUAAAAUCAUCCUCAGGGAAAGGCUUAAAUUACCAUGAACAGCUCACCACCACUCUGUUGGUAUUUUGUGGAGCAUCAACGCAAUGAAGGAAAAAGUUAUUUCUUCUUAACUUGUGGAUUACCUUGUAGGUGUGGAAGCAACAUUAAAUCUGUGUUAAAUCAA